AUGUUUUUUGUUUCUUUGAUUCCCUUCGUUCACUUCACCGUUGCUAAACUUUUUGUCGAAGUGCUAGACUCAUCGCAGACAGUCGUCUACCGAUGUGAGGCAAAUGGAGCGGAUUUUGGAGGAGAUAUUUCCUCUUUGAUUUCCAAAAACUCUUCGAUUGGAUGUCUGCACAAAGUUCGUCCAGCUCUUGCCUGUUCGAGUGUCCAAGUGCCAACAACAAACUCGAGUGAUUGUGCCACCAACUUUGCUCUAGUCCAACGCGGUGACUGUUGCUUCUCGCAAAAGACGUGGCACUCUCAGAAAGCCGGCUUCAUGGCAAUGAUUGUUGCAAACAACGAGGGUGAAGCGCCGAUGAUGAUGGGCAGUGGUGGAUCGGCUGAUUUGGUGAAAAUCCCGUCGUUGCUGAUCAGCCACGCAUCGAGCCAGACAAUUUUGAAACGUUUCCCGGUGGAAAAAGGCUAUCUGAUAAAGCUCAUCGAAGAGACGGAUAACUUG